CACCAUGUAGGCAACUCAUUGAUUCAUUCUAACCUCAUGCCUAGUUUCCCUUUCUCUCACCUUUAGAAUUAUCAUGUUUAACAUUGCAGACUCAAUCUCCAGAUCCUCCAACAGUUUUUCUCCGUCAUCCAUCCUUCCAGACCUGAAACGUCUGAUACCUGAUCGGUAGCUGGACUCCCUCACUCACCAGCUGGAUGGUCGCUGCACUGCCCACCGCUGCCACAUUGUGCGCACCUCACCUUCAUCCAGCCAAGUCGUGGACUCCUUCCCCCUCCUUGAAUCGACACAAAUCUUAGUAGUUGACCUACCACUCCCAUCGCAGUGCAUCUCUCGUCAAUAUCUGCCGCACGGCAUUAAAGCCUCAUGGCCCGACUAGACUCAGAAUCAGAAUCAGCAGCACCUCAAAGUCCCCUUUCAAUCCCCCAGCUCCCACCAGAAGUCAUCCUUCUCGUCUUCUCCUUCUUAGAGGUUCCCGAUCUUCUGCAAAUUAGUCGCACUUGUCACACGCUUCGCGCACUAGCCUGUGACCCUCUCCUCCAUGCAACUCGUCUACACCAAGCAUCUCAAACCCUCUCCCGUGCGCUCUCUAGGCGACCUCCCAAAUCCACACUCUCUCCUCCCAAUUCAUGGAUCUGGCUUUCCAAGACCAAUGUCCUCUCGCGCCAGAUUUCCAAGUCUCUUAUCCGCAUCCGCCUGAGUCAUAAUCUCGAACAUCGCCCGUCACCUAUCUAUCUAGUAGAGCGCGCCAUCCUACCCAGCACGUGUUCUACCUAUUCCAGCCUAGUCUCGCCAGCACUCAUACAGUCGCAACAACGCGUGCAGCGGAGAAAGCUGAUGGAUGGCCUGGGAAGAAAACUCAACCGGAGACCGAGUGUCAACAGUCUGGUCUCACUGAAUAUCAUGCCAGAGGAAUGUGUAAGGAAGAGUGUCAGCCCAGCGAUUGUCGCCACCAGGCGGAAGGUGAUUCGCGAAGGCUUGAAGGAUGGCUUAAGAGCUUGGGUCGAGGGGAGAGGGAUACAAGCACAGAAAAGAAAAGCCGACGAAUUGGACAUGGUCGAGAGGGCGACGGUCAAGACUCUCGUCAGGAGGUUCGCAGCUCAGAAGUUGGCUGUGGAUAUGGAGCAGAACUUAAACCAUAUCUCACUGGACAGGAGAAAAUCUCAGGCCCGUUGGGGCAGAGAAGCCGAACUCGCCAGGAUAAAUGAUCAAAAGAGAGAAAAGAGCGGCGCUGGGGCUUGUCUCCACCCUACCAGGGCAAAUGUGCUGGGCUUGAAGAAGUUUUGGGAGAGUGUUAUCCGACCACCGACUUGAGAUUGCUAUGAAAACUACAACUUGGGUUUCUAGGAUUUUGAGAUUGAUGCUGAUUCAGGCUCAAAAGGACUAUUUCGUUCAGACUACUGCUCAAAACUCAAGCCGUGCUCCAAUUCGAAUGCUUUCUGGCCAUCCAAUUCAACCAAUGGCCAUCACGACGCCGCCAACACAUCCUCGAUCCUUCAUUCGUCAGCCAAUACGGACAGUCUUGAGCAUCGGCACCCCGGUGUGAACUUGUUCAUAACCCGGACGCCACUCGUACAUCUACACUCAUGCUUCUUCUUCCCGUUCUUCUUUGCCAUCUUCCAUCUUGACCGCGUCAUCAGUGGCCUCAUCCUUCUGUCCCUCCACACCAGCAUCACCCUUGGGCUCGCCUUUUGGCUCCUCGGAACUAGCAACGACCUUAUCAUUGUCUUCAUUCUCAUUCGUUGGUUUCUUUUUCGCCGCUUUGAGAGGCUGUUUCGUCUUCUUUGCACUUUUGGUAACACCAGCUGGCUUCUCAGGGGAACCUGCAGAAGGGGUACUGCCAAUGCCUCCGGUCAUAUUCAGCUUCUUUCGAAGACCUGCCCACGAAGCCUUUGCCGAAUUUCCGUCCUUCAGACCAGUUGCUCCAGCCAUAGCUUCGUAAUUGACCUAUUCUCACGGUGGAGUCAGUGACCAGUGAUAAUGGACAUUGAGGGUAGGUAGGGAGGAGGUCAUGAGAUCAAUGGAUCUCAAACCCAUUGCCGAUCUCAAAAUCAUCGAGACCAAACAUCGCAACGUACCUGGAUUCUAGCAUCAUCCUUGAGGUUGGUAAGAGCACCGACGAGGAGUUCCAUCUCUCGAGGAGUAAGUCCGUCCGCGUCCUUGGACUUGGUUGGAGUUUUGGUGGGAGUCUUCGGCGCAGCCCUGGGCUUGGCCUUGGACUUGGGAGUGGCCUUGACAUCAGGCUUGGGAGUGGUGGGAGUGGCAGCGGCCACAGGUUCAGGAGAGAAAUCAGCCAUGUUGUUAUGUGUGGAGGGAAGACAACGACAAGAAUAAUGACGAUGGCUAGCCGUGAGAGCUGACGAGGAAAGAGUGGUGUUCUUGAUGUUGUGUGUGAAGGCAAGUCAACACACAAGGAAGACGAACAGGAAGAUGAUGAUGAGCAGCAGCAGCGAAUGCUGACAAUGAAAGAUUCCGGCUUGCUAAUGUUGAUCAGUCCAGAGGAUCGGCCCUGAGGGAAGUGUCAAUGGCUUAAAGAGAAGAAAGGUACUUGAAGAUGAUACUGGAAAGAUUGACUGAGAUGGAUGAGUUCUGGGAGAAGAACGAGGAUUAUAUACUUAUAAGGAGGUCACAAUACUGGUCUUUUGCACAUGCUUCUGCGGUGAGUGGCAGAAUUCACCCUGCUCAUCUAUGUAGGUGGCUGAACGGUUAUAUCACGAGGUUUGGCUAUUCAUCAGUCACAGACUUGGCUAGAGGAGACAUUUGGUUGUAACGACUUGUUCUACUCACUUUUCCUGCCGGGCUAAACAAGGAUGCGGCGACUUGGACAAGGCCAUUCAGCUAAUAAGACAAGUCCAGCGUGUGAGAAUGCGACUACAUUACAUUGGAAUAUCAAGAGGUAAAGACGUCAAUAUACAGAACGAUCUCCAGAGACGGGGAACAAAAGAGGCUAUAGCCCAAUCAACGUGCGACAUGAAAACGACGUUGAACGAGGUCCAAAAAUCGACGCUACAAGGUGCUAGUUUCGACUUCAAAUGGUGACAGUUUUGUGAAGGGCAUAUACAAUCAAUGUGCGACUUCAAGG